AUUGUUCUUAUAUAAAGCCCCAGAGGGCCGCUAGAAGGUAUCAUUCAGUAAACAGCAUUCAAAGCUUCUAGUGAUCCAUCAACAUCCACGACAUCUCACUCAACGCAAGAUGAAGACAUUCGUCGCAAUCGCCGUUGUCGCUUUGGCUGCUGGAGCUUGGGCCCUGACGAUCGAACAGCAAAAGAAGGCCGAAGCAUACGCUGCUGAAUGUGUCAAAAGCACCGGUGCCGCUCCGGAAUCCGUCGGCAAACUAAAGAAGGGCGAUUUUGCCGGAGCCGAUGAUAAGACCAAGUGCUUCUCGAAAUGUGUGCUGGAAAAGGCAGGAUUCAUGAACGCACAAGGCGAUAUCCAGGAGAAGGUCGUCAUCGAUAAACUAUCGGUGGACCACGACAAGAGCAAGGUGGAGGCUACUCUCAAGAAGUGCAACCAGAAGGGUGCCAACGCAUGCGACACCGCCUUCAAGGCGUACGAGUGCUUCUACAAUACUAAGGCUGGAUUAGUUUAAUAGAAAGAAAGUAAGAAACUGAAUUCAGAUGUGAUACUAGAUAAUGAUUCUACAAUCAUUGUUUGCAAAUCGUGUAUCUCGCUUAGUAUUUAUUUUAAUUUAUUGAUGUGAUCAAAGGCACCGUGAAAAAAUACAAUUGCAAGCCAACGAAA